AUGGCUUCCAAUGUCUUCAUGCCAAAAUAUAGUAUGAAUCACGUUUCACUUUCAGGGGACAAGACACUCAGUUCCCAUUCUUUUGGGAAAGUUGGUUUGCCUAAGAAAAGUAUUAAACUAACCUCUUCUUCAUUUGCUUCCUUUACACAAUCAUCAAAGCUUGUUGCUUCUUUUAAUGCUACUGUACCUGCAGCUUCUUCCGCAGCCAAAUUUGCUACAAGUGUUAGCACUCAUACUUUGGCUCAACUCUGGAGAGAGAUUCAGGGUUGUAACAACUGGGAAAACCUUGUUCAACCCCUUCAUCCUCUUCUCCAGCAAGAGAUCAUUCGAUACGGUGAGUUUGUCACCGCUUGUUAUAAGGCUUUUGAUCUUGAUCCCAAUUCAAAACGUUACUUGUCUUGCAAAUAUGGCAAGAAGAACAUGUUCAACAAAGUUGGAAUGUGUGAUUCCGGCUAUCAAAUCACUAAGUAUAUCUAUGCAACUCCGGACGUCAGUAUUCCCAUUCAAAAUGGUGCUGCUUGUGGCCGCUGGAUUGGCUAUGUGGCUGUAUCGUCAGAUGAUGCAGUUAAGAGACUCGGCCGGAGAGAUAUAGUCAUUACAUUUCGAGGAACAGUAACCAACAAUGAGUGGGUUGCCAACUUCAUGAGCUCUCUAACUCCUGCACGGCUAGACCCUCAUAAUCCACGCCCAGAAGUGAAGGUGGAAUCUGGGUUUUUGAGCUUGUACACUUCAGAUGAAAGUGACAACAAGUUUGGACUCGAAAGUUGUCGGGAACAGCUUCUGUCUGAAGUGUCAAGAUUGUUAAACAAAUACAAAGGAGAAGAAAUCAGCAUAUCAUUGGCAGGCCAUAGCAUGGGAAGUUCAAUUGCUCUUCUUCUUGCAUAUGAUAUUUCCGAGCUUGGAUUGAAUAAACUCAAUAAUCCAAGCAAGGAUGAUAUUCCAGUAACAGUGUUCUCAUUUGGAGGACCAAGAGUUGGGAACGCAGGCUUCAAAGAGAGAUGUGAGGAAUUGGGAGUUAAAGUGUUGAGAAUUGUGAAUGUUAAUGAUCCAAUAACAAAGCUACCUGGGGUUUUUCUAAAUGAAAAUUUUAGGGUUUUAGGAGGAAGAUAUGAAUUCCCAUGGAGUUGCUCAUGUUAUGCUCAUGUGGGUGUUGAAAUCCUCCUAGAUUUCUUCAACAUGCAAAAUCCUUCAUGUGUUCAUGACUUGGAAGCCUAUAUCAGCAGCUUAUUGACAAAAUGUCCCAAGAGAUUUUCAUCAGAAGAAGAUCAUCAUCAUCACCAUCAUGAUCAUGGACAUGAACAUUGGGUAGAUUUUCUGAAUAGAGCCAAGGAGCUGCUAUUGGAUGCUCAAAGUUUUAACAUGUUGCCUCUGACUAUUGCUUUAAGCUAUAUCAUAAACUUGGUUGAAACUCAAAGUGCUGAGUUCUUUAUAAACGAACAAAUCUUAGGAUGGAUGAAUUCCUUGGCCUUGUAUAUUCUAUUCUAG